AUGGAUCCUAACACGGGCGCAAACGGAUGGCGAGUGCGUCCUAGAUCACUCAGAAUGGAUCUCUCAUUCCUAAGGAGGCGUCACAACUUCUCACCAACAUCCUCCGCGAGCCUCUCUCCGACAGUCCCUGUACUUCAGUCCCCGGCCAUGUUCCAGGCCUUGACGACGAAAACUGUACCCGAGGAGACUCUGAAGCAGAAGAACAAACUGGAAAGAGCAGCAAUAAAGCCAUCGAUGUUCUUUGAAGAAAAAGAAGAUGAUGACACCGCCACCACUGGUCCAAAACGAGGCGGUUCGGCGGACGCGCCGUCAGUCCAAGUUGCACACAAGAGCGUCAAGGAAGAACCAUCACCCCAGGCGAAGAAUCAUUAUUUCGAAGACGUAUUCAGCAGCCGUGGUCCUUUGAUUUCCCCGAGAACUCGAAUAAGCAAUGACUCGAUCGUGGUCAUCGAAGUCAAGACGAACUCAAGGGUCAGCUAUGACGACUCCAAGCUUGUAUCUGAUCUGACUCUUCGCCUGGCUCAAAUAUACCAAAAGCCUGAUGCCUUCAUGAUGGUCACGAUUCAACAAGACGCAUGUCUUUGCUUCGGCAAUUUGUCGCUUCCUGCAUACUUGAUGAAGGUCUUCGCACUUCCGUAUCUCAUUGCUCCUAUCACCAACCUUCGAAACACGAUUCUAAUUCAAGCCGCCCUCCAAGACCUCCUUCAAGUUGCUCCAAACCGGGGGGUUGUCUUAUACAUCCCAGUCUCCGAGGAGAAUUUUGCUACAAACGGGGUGACUAUGAUGGGAGAAAUUGCACGUCUAGAGCGCCAGUCCGAAGAUCAGGAUACGGGUAUUCUCCGAACCAUUUCACGUUCCAUGAGGCGAAGGAUGAAAUCCAGUAGUAUCAGUAGCGUCCCUUUGUCCGUGGAAACUACGUCCUCGUGGGCUCCAGGAUUUAACGGUCAAAAGGCAGAGUGGGAAGAAUCCCGCAGCAGAGAUGUUUCCAAUGAAGAAGGCAAGUCCAAGACUGUUAAGAAGUCUAAGAGCUUCCGAGACUUUCUUUCCAACCGACUCUCAGACCUUGGGUCUAUAGGUGAUGUGCAGUAA